UCGAUGGCGCAAGAAGCUGGACAUACAGAGGAUCUGUUUGAUCCGUCAUUGUGUGACAAGUCUCAGCUAACGGAGAUUAAAAGGUGCGUGGAGGUAGGACUGCUGUGCGUUCAGUAUGAUCGGAAAGAGCGGCCCACAAUGGCGGAUGUUCUUGCGAUGCUAAAUGUUGUUACCUCACGGCAAUGGGCAAGCAGAAAGAACCGCGUGGCUGCCUGCUUGGUGUUACCAUCCUUUGAGUGAUGAGGUGACUGUUGGUUUUCUGACAAAAGUUAUGGAUGCGUCUGUGAUGGGGCUGGUUACUCUCAGUACUUUCAGUGCAACGUACCUACUGGCUUGGGGGAAUCCCGGCUCUACUUGCAUCUCAAAACCCAAGGACUCCAGUGACUCCAAGGAUUCCAGCCCAAGUUGGGUACAGGUUCUCAUCACCUCACUUCCUUUUGCUGUUUUCCCUAUUACACUCUUUGUGAGUGGUUUGGUCCAAGCAGCAGAAAAGGAUGGACAUGCCCUGGGCAUUGUCGCUACAUUUUGUCUGAUUGAGUUCAUUGUUGCAAUUAUUCUUGGGGGUGGGAUGACGGUUUGCAUGUCAGGAGCAUCGUGGAAACCCAUCGCAUUUGUGACUCUCUUGUUGAUUGUUCUCAUGGUUGUGAUGUGGGGCUUCAUCUUCAAGCACCCAAAGGUGAAAACACUGAUUCUUUUCUACCUCCCAUGUGUCUAGCUUUGUGUGGGCACAUUUCUAACAGAUUUUACUGUAUGCAACAACGCCUGAGGAAUUUUAUCUGGUCAACGUGCUUCCGUCUGGACGAGAUUGUUGCUGCGCAAGGGGUUGCUUUACCAGCCGAUGGGGACGUGCUGAUUGACGUUGUGGGAUUAAUAGCAAGGGCAUGAAGCAAAUUCUCAAUUAGGUCAAGGAUUAACUAAUGUCAUGUCGCAUCGGUAGCUAUUGAUGAUGAGCAUGAGUCGUCGUCGUGAUUAGACUAGACGCUCACGUCUAUUUUUGGGUCAAGUGGCACUACUGUUGAAUCAAGCCGCUUAGAUUUUGUCAGGAAUGAACCUGUGCCUGUAUAUAUCAUCUGGCGACCGUCUCUCGAUGGCCUUCCUCGACAAGUCGCCACUCACACGAGCACAUCAAUGUGCUACUCUG